AUGAAAAGAACAAGGCUCAAAGAAAUGAGGGAAGAAACACAGAAGCUUGCAGACAGCUCAAAUAAGCUUGCAGAUAGUGUCAACAGUACAAUCUCAGCAUGGGAAAGUUCUGUUGAAUCUUCAAAAGAAAUGCUCAGUCAAGAGUUUAUGAGCUUGAUAAUACCAGUGCUGAAAUUGAAGCAAAUGCCGACAAUUAAAGGCUAUGGUCAGCAGGCAAACGCUUUGCAAAAGAGCAUAGAUGUAAGAAAAAAAGAAAUUGAAGAAACUUUUGCAUAUCUGAGGGAAAUUGGUGAAGCUACAGGUGCUCAGGAUAUCGAAAUCUUUGAUAUAGACAAAAUUAAAGAUAAUAUCGACCAGCUUAAAGAUACUAUGCAAGGCAUAGGCGAUAUUGAAUUUGAAAGAUUUUUCGGGGACAAUGGACUCAUUACUCUUUAUGACCAAGAUUUAAAAAAGCUUGAUGAAAUCAAUGAAGCAUAUGAAGAAUCAGCAAGAUUGAUUGACAAGGUAGCGAAAGCAAAAGAGCAGUAUUACAACGGAGAUUAUGAAGGUGCUCAGAAAACAAUUGAUUCUAUAGCAAGUGUAAACGACGCAAUCAUUGAAAAUGCGAAUUCCUCGUCAGAUGAGAUUCGAGAAGCGUAUAAAAACAAGCUUGAAGAAGCUUUGACUGCAUAUGAAAAAGCGAAAUCGCCAAAGAUGCUGCCGAAAAUGGAAUUGAAGCCGGAGACGAAUGGACUUUAG